AUGGUUAGUGCGGGCAGUGACUUUCUUUCGCAGCAAUACUCCAUAGAGGAAGGAGAGGCGGAACGGCGUGCGCAACCAUCACUUAUUGAUAUUUUGCUGCAACUUAAUUCACCAGCCCUUUUUAGGCAAUCUCAGAAAGUUACACUACCAUGUCAACGCGAUGUCAUAAACUUUAUUGUUGGCCGCAUAUCAGAUAUUGGAAUGCGCGUCGAAAGGAGUCGUAAUUACGUGGAAAAUGUUUCACCGCUAGGGUUAGCUUUGGUGCGCAGCGCCCUGCAGACGGCCUACCAUAAUUCCCGGAUGGAUGUCUUCACCCGCUCACGGGAAACCGGAAUGAGCAGGGAUGAGGUUAGUAGUGAGGGGUCAGGGGAGAACAAUUUUGCGACUGCCGAUGGGACCAUUGCCGGGAUCGUUCUUAGUAGCCUUGCUGGGUCAGCUGAACCAUCGCUUUUUGCUGGAGCUGUUUCUGGGUUUCUCGCGUUCGGCGUCAACUUCGCGAAGCCACGGCAGGAAACCUUCAGUGGGCGAGGGAGACGAAGAAGAAGAGUAGAGACAGCAACUUCUCCCUUAUCACACGACGAUGAGACAGACAGUAUUGAGUCAUCCCUUCCACCACUAGACGUAGCACUUUGGUGUUUGCACAGAGUUGCGGGAGAGAUCCUUUCGACUGCCGCAAGGAAAAUAAGCGAUUUCAAAAAGUCACCGCUUGCGCAACGGAAUGGCGUUCCGGUUGCUGCGCAAUUUUUCGGAUGCCACAAGGAUCCAUUUGACUGCCGUCACAACAAUAAUGGGCGAUCCGAGCAAAUAGUAAUCCAUUUGCUACUCCAAAGGGCGUACUCAAUACUGAAGAUGCUCCAUAUUUUUGCACUUAAUGAUACGAUUCCUGCCGAUAGCAUUCCUGGGUGUGCAGUUGGCGGCCCAGCCGCGGAUGGCAGCGGCUUGUACACAGUGAGUGCGUUUUGUUCCCUCUUAAAGACUUCAAUGCACAAUGAUGUGCCCUCCUUCGUACACUUGAUAACAGAAUCAUUGGGGAACUUGGCCGAGGUGACGAGGCCAGUGGUCGGUGAUAUUAGUAUGGUGGGACGCAUUGCCCUCGAAAUGAUUUCGGAAGAAGUGUGGAGGUUUACCAAAUCCACCACGCCACAUCUCAUCUUCUCCCUUGCAUGCUUUAGUGUGUUCCCAGCUCUGCAGCGGUGCUGCACGCCGGUAAAUAUGACGAGAGAUGAGUUGAGUACAGUGGCGAAUCUCUUUCGGGGACAUAUCCCCCGACUUUUCCUAGAUUAUUACAAAAACUCAUCAGGUGGGGCCGACGGUGCGGGUCGAAAACAACUUUCCAGCUGCUGCCCGAGCGGAGAGGUAAUGAAACCACUGUAUGCGGCACCUGGUGUCAAAUUAGCCCCGUCACUCGAUGGCCCCAGAAGAAAUGCCGACAACUUCGAAAUGGCAGACGGAUUAGGCAACUUGGCUGCUGCUCGGCGUGGUAAGGAAUCGGGAGAGGCGGUCUCUGCGGUUUGUCAACUUUUCUUGGGCCUUAGGAAUGCUGGAAAUACAUGCUUCGUAAAUAGCUUUCUUCAGCUUCUUUUCACCGCGAAAUAUUUUAGCUUGGAAUUGGUGCGCGGUGUCCUCCAGGUACUCAGCGAGCGAGGCGCUGCUGAUGGGCAAGUUGGCGAAGACGCUGGCGGCAACGCUGACAUCAACAGUAAUAAAAAAAAUAAUGUUGAUUCAACUAAAGUGACGACGGCGGUUUUCCACAAGCUUUCUCGUGGUGCCGACGAACUAGUUGUUAUGGUAGCACUUAUUCUAAGCCAAAUGCACUGGCAUCUACGCAACGGGUAUAAUAGCUGUGCCAUUGAUACAUACCGUCUGCAGCAAUGUUUGCCGCCGCCGUUUAACGACGGUCGCCAGCACGAUACCUCCGAAUUUGCUAUGGCAUUGAUGGAUCGUAUCGACAACUUCGUGUUUACAGAAAAAAAUGACAACAUAGAGGGACAAGAUGAGAGCAAUGAAGACUGCUCUGAUUCGGGCACCAAGUUUGGGAAACGCAAAGACGAGAAGCAGCGGCCCAUGCUUGUUUCAAGGUGGUUUGGUGGGAACCUCGUGUCCACCAUUAAGUGCAGUGGAUGCGGAGCGGCACGCUCACGGCGGGCCCCAUUUUGGAUUGUUACUGUUCCACUGCGCCGUGAUGGUGACGGUGCAGCACAUGUAACAUCAUCUGCGUGUGUCGCUGCUCAGGGGCCAACUGCCAACGAUGAGCGGGAGAUUUCCAAAAGUACAGAAAUAGCACUAUCUGCCGAUGGUCGUGUGGCCAUAACCACAUAUCACACGGAUAACGCUUCCAUGAGAGGGGUAGAAAGUAAAUCUGAUUGUGCGUCGUGCGACGCUGAGGAGAAUGAGAAUAAUGCAGGGGUGCCUUUUCAGCGGUCCUUGCAGCAAUUACUCGGCAGGGUUCUGAACUACCGCGAGUCAAGGGAGGUCCUUCAAGGUGAAAAUAUGAUAUUCUGUGAAUCUUGUUGCAGCAAUGAGCAGGCGGAGAUGUUCACCGCCAUGCACGGAACGGUUAAUCAUUCGGCAGGGUUAGGUGCACAUUUUGAGAAUGAGGAAGAUGAACAGUCCCAAGGGGUUGUGGAAGAGAGCGCCGUUGAAGGGAUUCCACACUACCUCAUUUUGCAGCUGAACCGCUUUCAGUACUCGCACGCUUCGGAGUCACACGAAAAAGUGAUGGACGCAGUGGCUAUCGAGAAGUGUUUGCAUGUUCCAGUUCGAGUGGAAAGGAAAUCAAGUCGCUCACCGCUCCAUAGUAGUCAAGAUGAUGGAAAUAUGGGUAAUAUGAUUACCUCACCUGAUCCUAACGCACAUCGUGAGGAGCGUGGAGAAUGCGAUGAGCUUGUUGACAUCCAAGUGCAAUACAAACUGAGGGGUGUUUUGCUGCAUAAUGGGCCCGGUGUGUACUCCGGACACUAUUUUUCACUUCUUUUUCAUCCUUCAGGCGCUGAUUCAACUGGGAAGGAAUGCCCGGAGGUAAAGGGGGAGAGGGAGAAUGACGAAGAUGGCUUGUGGGCGUUAGCAAAUGACUCGCACAUAUCGUCGGUACAGUCCAAGGAUAUUGAUGCUGUCCUCAAAGGUUCCAGCGGUGUCGUCGGACCGCAUGAGACUCCGUACAUCGUUUUGUAUGAACGCUGUCGGAAGGCCGUCGGUGAAGAAAGUGGUGAUGGACGCGACGAUACUUUAUUCCCAAACCGCGUAAAUGAUUUGUUUCAUCUUUUGCGUGGAUCAGCUAAAACUGCAUAUUAG